AUGUUUAUUUUUUUCUUUUCGCCCUCCAAAAUUCUCAAGCCCUUUGUAACACUUACAAAUGCUAUUGUAAAAACAGUAGCAAGUACAUACGUAAGUACUAUAAAGAUUGAGUCACUACCUUUAUGGAAAGGAGAGGCAACAAUCGAUGAUAUUGAAAUUAAUACAGAAGGAAUUAAUCAAAUUUUACGAAAUUCAAAGUCUAGACUUACAUUAGAGAAGAUUGCAACUUCAAGACUCAAAGCAAAAUUACCAAUUUUAACUCCAGGAACAAAUCCAAUUUCGAUUAGCGUUCACUCAUUAGAACUCGCCCUUGCAAUUAAAGAAAGAACAGAACCAAAGCCUGAAAAGCCUAAACCAGCAACAAAUCCAGAACAAGAUUCGCAAAAACCACAAAAACAAAACUUUAUUACAAAACUAACAUCGAAUAUCGAAAUCAAAAUAGAUGGAUUAUCAAUAAGUUUGAAUAUCAAAGGCGUUCAGCUUAAUUUAAUCGGUUCAUCAGUUUAUGUUCACGUAAUCAAUGGACAAACCAUUGUUCAGCUUUCUAAAAUCAGGGCAUUUAUCAAAUACAAUAACAUAUCAAUUACUUUGACUAUAGAAAACGUCGAUAUCUCUGCUUCAGAAGAAAAUACAGAAAUUGCAGUUUCAGGAUUUACCGUAACAGUAUCAGUACCAGACUUUUUCGAUCUUAUAAAAGACUUGUCGUUAAAGAUCCACAUACUACCUAACAAUGAAAUCCACGUAAAAUCUUUGUCUCAAGUCAGAAUCGGAGUAAAUCUUUCAUUGUUACCUCCAUUAUUCGAAGUAAUUGCAUUAUUCAUGAAACCGCCAGAGCCUAAAUUCAGUCCUCUUCCAAAACUUACGAUUCAUGUUGACGGAAUUUUCUUUGCCGCAUAUGUUUCUAGUACUCUUGGAAUAGAGCUUUCAAUCAGCAAGCUUAAGCUCAAGAAUAAUGUUUUCGAGCUCAGACCGCUCGAAAUGAGGCUUUUAAUCAGAGAUGGCGUAAUUCCAAUUUUAGAACCAUCGAUAAUCAUAGGUAAACUUCUACAAACAGACCGAACAAUCAAAGUAUCAGCAGAAAUAGAGAUGCUUAAGCUCGCAAUACCUGUUUCAAAGGACCUUGUUGACCAAUUAACGAAAAUUAACAUAAAAAUCCCACCAUUACCAACAUUUCCACCACCUCCACCACCAAAGAUACCCGAAAUAUCCAUGAAACUCAUGAAUUGUCCCAAAGUUUCAACUACAGGAAAAUUAAUAAAUUUCGAAUUUCCUUAUGACGUUAUUCCAACAGGAUUUUCUUUUGGUGGCUUGUUUACUAAUGGUGAUAAGAUCAUGUUACGUGUCUGGGAUGCAUCAUCUGCCACUAUGAUUGCAUUUUCUUCAUUCGAAAUCAGCAGAUUAAGUGAUGAAUUCUCAAUGGACAACCAACAGAUGAUUCCUCUAUACAAAUUCCAAUUGGUCCUUCCAAAAGAAACAAGUAACUACCCAGAUAUCCUCGACAAGAUCAAAUUUACUUGUCUUUCAUCAGUUGUUUUGUCAGAAGCUUUAGAUUUAGACGUAAAAAUUGGGAAUAUCCUUAUAACUGCUGAUUCUUUGGAGCUUCCAACAGGAGCAUUGUCUCUUACUAGUAUCCAUGCACACGCAGUUAUUGGUCCUGUGAUGUCUACUCGUCUUCAUGCUUCAUUUGGAAUUUCCGUUUUAUUGUCAAAUUUGAGGAAUCAAACAAUGUGUUCCAUUUUCGAUAUCCCGACAAUACACGCGUCAUUGUCAGUGAUGUCUAAGAUAGAUGGAUACCUUCCUGAUGGAAUGACACGCCACAGAUUCGCUUCAAUCCUUCAGACACAAAUUGGAGCAGAUACAAUUUCUGCCAGUCUAAAAAUUCCUUCAAUUUCAUUAAACGUUGUUCCAUCAAUUAUCAGCGAUGUUGCAAGGUUUGCAAUAGCAUUAGAUGUUGCUAAAGCAAUUGCUUAUACUGUUGUUAAUAAGAGUGAUACUCCAUUCGUGUUCCAUGUCUCGAAUUCAACAGAAUUAACUGAGAUUUUACCUGGACAAACAAAAGUUGUCACUUUUACUCAAAAACAAGUUCACUUUUUGAAUUUUCCUACUAUAUCAUUAAUAGUUAUGUUGAAUCAGCCCGGCUUCUACAACAUCUCUAAUUCUAAUUACAUAUCAUGUGAAAUUGUUGCACCUUUCUCUUUCAAAGUUUCGAUUUUGUCAUCAACAGUUUUCAGAAACUUUUUGAUGGCGCCGAUAGAAAUCAAACUUUCUGAUCCAUCCAUUGCAACACCAAUCACUAAACAGAUUGGCAUUGAUGACUUUGCUACGUCAUCUCUUUUCUUGGAUAAGACAUUCCAUUUGAGUUUAUCAAUGACAGGAAUUACAGAAAUGUCAAAACCAAUUUUGCUAAAUCCACUUCACGAUACGGGCACGAAAUUCAUUGUUUGUGAAGUUCUCAACCAAUUACCAUCCCUUUAUUUAUGUGCUCCACAGUUCUGUGCAUGGCUUGUUUACAGAGAAUUCGAAGUAGAUUGUUUGAAUUCAGCUGUUAAACACAGAGUUCAAGAAUACUCUCUUUUACCAGUUUUAGUUGUAAAUAACAGGUUACCUGAUCAUAUUGUUACUUCUGCAGGUGUUGUUCCUCCAAACUCCAGCAAAUACAUAUCACAACUCACUGACCAAUCCAUUGUUUUCGAUAAUGGAACAUCAAUAAAAGUCGGAUUUCCUUUGGCAAGAGGUCUAAAACACAGAUUAAUGAUCAUGGGAAAGGCAUCUGUUAUAGAAACAGUUCCAGAGACAAAUACAAUUGUCAUUAGUCCUUCUUUCAUGUUCUAUAAUGGAGCUGCUUUCCCACUCUACUUCAAAGUAGUAGAGAUGAAGGCUGUUCUCGUAGAACCAGAUAAAACAUUAGUUCUCGAUUCGACAAAGAUGCCGAGAGCUGUUUUUGUUGGUUUCAAAUUCAAAGGAAAAACAUUUUGGUCUAAAGGAGUUCCUGUUCCAAGCAGAAGGGAUCUGACAAUUAAAACAGACAGUGGAAACCUUCUUUUGAUUAUAGAUGUACAAGAUGACAAAGCAAGUGUUUAUCCGAAAUACGUCGCAAUCAAUGAAAGUAGUGAUUCAAUCUUUUUGAAUUCAUCUACAGAAUUGACACCAGAAACACAAGCACAAUUACUUCUUUGGAGAGGAAACAAACAUUUAGUUUCUUUCUCACUCUCUUCUGAUAAAGGUUUCCUUUCAGAUCCAGUUGAUUUAGAUGGAAAUGAGUAUUUAAUCAGAGUUUUCUCUGGUUCUUUUCCUUCUUUCUCAAGUUCUACUUACAUCACUUAUUCCGUACAAAGUAACACUGAUCCACACACGAUUGUCUUUCAUACAGAUAACUCUCCACCUCUGACAAUUGAUAACCAAUCUCCUCUUUCUUUCGAUGUGACUUCUCCUUCAUUUAAGAACUCUUUGAGAGUACCUGCUGAAUCAGUUUGUCUUGGAAAAGAUGUCCCUAUUUUCUUGGUUUUCUCGAGAACAGGUGCAGAUCCAUUUGUUGUAAAUCUUCAAUCAGCAAUGGAAUCAACAUUUGUAUCAGGAAUGGCCAAAUUGUACGGAAGAGUGGAAAUAUCAGGAACUCAAAGCAGAGUAACUCUUUCGCAGAUUCCUUUGAUUCCUCCUCAAAUAAAACCGAAGAUAAACUUUUCAGUUUUUCUUGCUGAUGUAAAGAUCAGAAUUUACAACGAUAUCUCUGUUCCAGGAAUUCCUACAGAACUGCUUUGUAUCACUGCAUCUCCUCUCUCUAUCGAAGGAGUCUUCCAACAAGGAGGAACAACAACAAUUUCUCUUGUUUUGGAUACUUUGCAAAUCGACUCUCUAAGUUGUCACGAGAAUUUCCCUGUAAUUUUCGGAAAAGUCGAUGACAAAAACCCUCUUUUGAAUCUCAACCUCAAACUCGGAUCAACACUUAAUGGUGGCAUCUUUGUAGAUGUUUUCCAUUUAAGUAUCAGUCCGACACAGAUGAACAUCGAAGAAUCUCUCAUCAGAUUCAUUUUAUCAUUAAUUAAACUCCUGCCUCAACAAGAGAUACCAAUUAAACAAGACACAAAUAAGAUUUUAUUCCCAACAUUUGUAAGAGUCUUGCACGUUGAUCAAACAGAGUUCAGACUCUCUUUAUCAACGCAAUCAUUCAUCCACGCGAUGUUUAAAGAUGUUCCAAUACAACUCUCAAUGUUACACAUGGAGAAUACAGAGACAUUCGGUGUUCAAAUCGUCGAAUCAAUUGUUGCUCAUUAUAUAUCAGAUAUCAUUGUUGCUGUUCCUGCUGCACUUACUUCUUUGUCUUUAAUAGGAAGCCCAAGUGCGUUAGUAACACAGAGUAUCACUGGAUUGAACGAGUUUGUUAAAUCUUUCAAACAACAAGGUUCAUUUGUUGGAGGAUUGAAACAUGGAUCUGUUUCUUUAGUUAGAUCAAUUUCUAUUGGAGCUCUUGAAAGUAUUGUUUCAUUUUCUUCAUCAUUGGCAAGUACUCUUGGCCAGAUAUCGCCUGUUCAAACACAGAACGACACACAGAAUGAUGAUAUCGGAAGAAGAAUACAGCAAAUGGUUGAAUUUCCUGUUGAAGGAUUCCAGAAUGAAGGUGUUUUAGGAGUUUUGAAGGGCGCAGGAAAAGCUAUGAUAGCAUUAGUUACUGGUCCAACUGCAGCUAUUUUCUCUUUGAUUGGUAAAGCAGGAAAUGCGUUGUUGCAACAAGUUGGAGCAGCUUCACUCCAAACUAAUGAUAGAAGAAUUGAAAAAGAAGCAAAAGAUUUGCCAGCUAUUGUUUUUGAAUAA